AUGGGGAAGGGACCUGUCCCCGUCAGGGCCACCCUUGUGCUGCUCGGGAUCGGGGCCCUCUGGGCUCCGGCCCUGUGCGUGCGGGGUCGCCCCUCGUGGCGCUACAGCUCGUCGGAGGUGGUGGUCCCUAAGAAGGAGGUACAGCGCAGCAAGAACCUGCACAUACCAGGCAAGCUCUCCUACAGCCUGCGCUUCGGGGGCCAGAGGCAUGUCAUGCACCUGUGGAGGAAGUACCUGAUGUGGCCCAGACAGGUCGCGCUGGUGACUCAGGACGACCAGGGAGCCCUGCAGAUAGAUUACCCCUACUUCCCUGAGGACUGUUACUUCCUCGGCUACCUGGAGGACGUCCCUCUGUCCAUGGUCACCGUCAAUACGUGUUCUGGGGGCCUGGAAGGCGUCAUGAUGUUGGAUGACUUUGCUUACGAAAUCUCACCUCUCAGGGAGUCAAACGGGUUUGAGCACGUCGUUUCCCACUUAGUGGCCGACCCGGACGCCAUAGGACCCACAUACAGUCGGGACCACCAGGAGGUCCCCACCCUGCCUGAAGGGAACUCUAGCAUGGAUCCUCGACCUCCGUUAUUACUGGCCGUUGUAGCUGCCAAUCAGCAAGGGAGAAUGAUUGGUUUGUACUACGACUCAAGCACCUGCAUCUGCCAGCGGAGGGCCACCUGCGUGAUGUACAGGUGGCCUGGGAUAACAGACACAUUCAGCAACUGUUCCUUUGUACACGUGCAGCAUAUCGUGAGCAACCGGGGAUUCCCUAUGUGCUAUUUCCGUGAACUGUACGAGAUUUAUAACAGAACCCACAAGGAUUUCCGCUGUGGAGACUAUGAAGUGGACCAAAAGGAGGAGCAGUGUGACUGUGGGACCUUGAAGGAGUGCUACUUCAACCAGUGCUGCGACACCAAGUGCAAGUUCACCUCGGGCAGCACCUGUGACCGAGGGCAGUGCUGCACCAACUGCACCUUCAGCGCCAGCGGGACGCUCUGCAGGACUGUCCUGAACGUGUGCGACCUGCCCGAGUUCUGCACUGGCGGGAACAACCGUUGCCCUGAGGACACGUACCUGCAGGACGGGACCCCGUGCAGUGAAGAGAGCUACUGCUUCUUUGGCAACUGCACCGACCGCUCGAUGCACUGCAAGGAGAUCUUCGGUGGAGACGCCGAGAACGCGGAGGAGGCUUGCUAUAACAUCAAUUUUGCGCGGUUCCGAUUCGGACACUGUUCCAGAGAGGCGCACAGGCUGGUGUACAAAGGUUGCGAGGGAGGUGACAAGAUGUGUGGAAGGCUGCAGUGUCGCAACGUCACUCGCCUCCCCCUGUUGCAGGACCACGUGUCCUUCCACCACUCCCUGAUCGACGGGUCCAACUGCUUCGGGCUGGACGAACACCGUGCCACGAGAUCCGUGGACGUGGGGCACGUGAGGCAGGGCACCCCGUGCAGCAGCGAUAAGAUGUGCAUGAACAGGCAGUGCAGCGCGCCGCUGACCUCGCUGGGCUACGACUGCGUCCCCGAGAGGUGCAACUUCAAAGGCGUCUGCAACAACCGGGGAAGCUGCCACUGCCACGCAGGCUGGAGGCCCCCCACCUGUGACCGGCAGGGCAACGGCGGGAGCUUGGAGAGCGGGCCGCAUCCAAGUCAGUUUCGAGAGGUGGGCCGAAACCCAGAGAUGAUAAUAUACCUGCGGCUGCUCUACGGCCGCAUCUACCUCCUCGUGGUGGCGCUGCUCUUUGCGUACGCCAUCAACCUGAAGACCAUCAAGACUGUCAAAGUGGAGGCAGAGGCAGCUUCGUGA